UUUCUUCAGGCCAGGUAGAUUUGAGAAGAUGGUACAGAAGACCUUACCUAGAGCUUUGUCAAGUUGAGGGCCUUUGUCUCCUCACCCACUUCCAGGAUUUAUCCGAGCUGUACCAUUUGGACAUCUCCUAUAAUCACCUGCACUUGGUGCCAAGAGUGGGACCUUCAGGGGCUGCCCUGGGGAUUUUGAUACUGCGAGCCAAUGAGCUUCGGAGCCUCCAGGGCCUGGAACAGCUGAGGAACCUGAGGCACCUGGAUGUGGCCUAUAACCUUCUAGAAGGUCACACUGAGUUGUCACCACUGUGGCUGCUGGCUGAGCUCCGUAAGCUCUAUCUGGAAGGUAACCCUUUGUGGUUCCACCCUGCACACCGUGCAAACACUGCUCAGUACUUGUCACCUCAGGCCAGAGACGCUGCUCAUGGUUUCUUGCUUGAUGGUGAGGUUUUGUCACUGAAGGAUCUUCAGCAGACUGCAGAAUCCUCAGGGCUUGGUCCCAUGGCCCAACCUCCGUCCUGGCCAGUGGGGAGUACCACUGAAACCUCAGGUGGCCCUGAGUUGAGUGAUAGCCUCUCCUCAGGGGGUAUUGUGGCCCAGGCCCCACUGCGUAAAGUUAAGAGCCGAGUCCGUGUGAGGCGGGCUAGCAUCUCUGAGCCCAGUGACACAGACCCGGAGCUCCGAACUCUGGAUCCCUCCCCAGCUGGUAAGUUGACCCUCCCUGCUUACUCCCUUCCCACCUCCCUUCCAGUCUCUCUAAUCUUGAUGUUGCCUUGUAGGUGUCAUAGGAGAACUUGAUUUUGGGGUGGUAUGAAUUAUUGUGGAGGGCCCUUCAAUCCUUUUAUCUUUUUAGUUUAAAAAGGAGGGCCUGCUUCCAGGCAGCAUUCCCCUAAGGAACACAGAUUUCAUAGGGUGCUAAAGAUUGUAUAAUAAAGAGAUUUCAUGGCCAGAACCAUUU